AGGCAGGGCAGGCUGGGUGGCCCCGUGCCCCGUCGACACCGACAGCCCCUCUCUGUGCCCAGGUGCCCACCGGAGCCACCGCGAUGGAGCUGGGGAACAUCUCACAGCCCGUGUACGGGCCUGGCCCCGAGGCGCCGGGGAGCAGCACGCCCGGCCUGGUGGGGAUGGUGCAUGGCUUCCUGCGGCUGGUGCAGCCCAACGCCCUGCCCACAGAUCUGAUUGCAGAUUUUGUGCAGCCCCAGGAUGAGGAGACCUUCAGGGAAAAAUUCCAGGAGCUGCUGCUCUACGAACUGGGUUUCCUGAUCUGCGCGGCCAUCGGGAUCCUCUUCAUCGUCCUCGUGCCCCUGGUGGGAUGCUGCUUCUGCUGCUGCCGCUGCUGCGGGAACUGCGGGGGCCGCAUGUACCAGAAGCAGGGUCGGCACACGGGCUGCCGGCGCCGGGCGCUUUGGGUCUCCGUCCUGCUGGUCUCGGCUCUCCUCCUGGCUGGUGAUGUCUGUGCCUUCAUCAGCAACACCCGCUUCUCCCAGGCCGUGCAUGGCACCUUCCCCAAUGUCAACAACACCCUGGAUGAUGUCCACACCUACCUGGCCUCCAUCCCCAAGCAAAUCAAUUUUAUCAUCGACAGCAGUGAGGUCCCGCUGGGCCGCGCCAACCGCAGCCUCCAGGACAUUGGGCCCAACUUGGGUGGCACGAUCCUCUUGGGCAUCAGGAGCAGCACAGACGGGGCUCUGGGGUCCCUCCAGAGCCUCUUGCAAGGGAUGGAGACGCUGGCAACCACCUUUGGUGACAUCACCAGCACUCGCUCGAGCCUCGAGGAGCUGCAGAGCAACUACAGCCAGCGGCUGGGCAGCCUGCGGGACAGCCUCAACAAGACCCUUCAGGACUGCGGUGACCCCUGUGGCAGCGUGUCCCUGGACGCCCUCGCCUUCAGCACCAACUUCAGCACGAUCCCCAGUGUGAAGCAGCAGCUGGAGGCAUUGGGUAACGUGUCUGGCUCCAACAUAAUGUCGGAUUUAGAGAAGGUUAACAGCACGCUGGAGGAGACCCCUGCCAAGGUGCAAGAGCAGUCCCAGGAGGUGGUGACAAAGACCCAGGACCAGCUGGGCCGCAUCAGGCAGGAGAUCAGGAGCUUGCAGGAGGAGUUGCCGUUCCCGGACAUGGAGGAGAAUCUCGGGGACGCUGUGAACAAUGUCACGUCAGGGUUGGAGCACUACAGGGAGCCGAUCAUCAGCUUGGAUAAUCUCAGGUGGAGCAUCUGUGUCUUCCUGUGCUGCACGGUGCUGCUGGUGGCCCUCUGCAAUGUCUUCGGGCUGCUGCUGGGGCCCCUGGGGCUGAAGGAGGACGUGCUGCCCACGCAGCGCAGCAGCCUCUCCAAUGCUGGCGGAAACUUCUUCAUGGCAGGGGUCGGCUUCAGCUUCAUCUUCUCCUGGCUGCUGAUGCUGCUGGUGCUGGUCACCUUCUUGCUGGGGGGGAACAUCUACGUGCUCGUCUGUGAGUCCUGGCGCAGCCAGCAGCUCUUCCAGAUUCUGGACACCCCAGGCCUGAUCCCUGGCUUCAACCUGUCGGAGCUGCUGGGCCAGGAGGGUGGCACAACAAACUUCUCGGAGAUUUACAGGCAGUGCCAGCAAAACGCUGCCCUGUGGCAAACACUGCACCUGGACCAGAGUGUGUCUCUAGACGAGCUCUUGAACAUCAGCCAGUAUACAGGAGAGAUCUCCACAGCCUUCGAGAAGGUGAACAUCACCCUGAGCCCCAUCUCCCUGCUCAGCCAGACACAGAAAGACUUGCUGCUGAAAACCAGCCAGGAUGGGCAGCCCCCGAACUUCACCUCCACCCUGGAGCAGCUGGAUAAGAACAUAACCCAGGGAAGCCUCCUGGAUCUGGCCACAAAGCUGGAGCAGCUGGCAGACAAAGCGGACAUGGAUGUGAAAGACAAACUGAAGGCUGAUGCUCUCAGUCUGAGGGAGCUGGACAAGGAGAUGCAGAAGAGCUUCUCUGGGCUGCUGCAAAGCCUGAAGGAGAACAUCCAUGUGGUACAGAGUGGGGCUGCCCUGCUCGAGGAACAGACAAGAACGGCACUGGACAAAGCCACCGAAUCCCAGGAGUUCCUGGACAGGGAGAUGGCAAACAUCAUCAAGAACGAGACAUGGGCCUUCCUGGAGAAGCUGUUGGACUUCUUUGAAACCUAUGUCUCCUGGGCCAAAAGCCGUCUGACAGAAGAUGUGGCACGUUGCAAGCCCAUAGCUCAGACCCUGGAUAACAUGGAGGACAUCACCUGCGACUACAUCCUGGACUCUCUGAACGCCUUCUGGUUCAGCCUGGGCUGGUGCACCUUCUUCCUGCUGCCCAGCAUCAUCCUGGCCGUCAGACUCGCCAAGUUUUACCGCCGCAUGGACAUUGCAGAUGUCUACAGGAAUGAAGUCUUGGAGGUGCCACCCGCCUUCAACUUGUACAAAAUCCCUCGGCCAAGCACGAGGCAUUAGCCGCUGUCGCCCACAGCAGGGGCAUGGAGGAGAUGGACACGGCUGCUCCGUCUGCUGCGCCUUCUCCCUGGCUGCUGGGGAGCAGGUUGGGACCCUUCGGCUGAAACCCCCUCCCCGAUUCCCCUUCUGUAAUGAUGCCCCCGUGUACGUAUGGGUGGGCUGCCCCUUGCACUGCCCCAGGUGGGGCUUCACCCUCCCCAGACCCUGGGGGCUCAGGGCAGCUUGUACUCUCCAUCCCAUCGCAGCCGAUGCUGCAGGCCAGCAGGAACUUGCUCACCCAGGCCCCUCGCUCAAAAAAUGUGACUAUUUAUUUUUGUGGGGAGCCUGACUCUUUCCAAGGCUGUGAUUUUUUUUUUUUUUUUGGUGUCAAAUAAUA